AUGGAAUGCGGGCGGUGUCCUGAGGGAUCUGCAGAGGCAUCGCUGCUCCGAGAGCUGUGGGAGAGUUCUGGACCAGGAUCAACUGAGAUGCUGCUCCUUACCCUCUCCUGUUUAGCCUCCCUGACCAGCAGUGUCCAGGCAGGUUUUGUUUCUCAGCAUUCUCAGCGCAAAAGAGCUGCAGAAUAUUCACAUGUGGGGUGUGGCCUCCGACCAUCCUACGAGUCCUUCCAGAAGACUGGCAAGAGGAUUGGCACAGGGACAGACGUCAGUCCUGGGGAAUUCCCGUGGCUCGUGAGCAUCCAGAGCCACGGGAAGCACAUCUGUGGAGGCACCAUCAUCAGCGCACUGUGGAUUUUAACCGCAGCCCACUGCUUCGCAGACAAGCUGCCACCAGACCUGACGGUGGCAGCGGGGGGAGUUGACCUCAGCCUCCCUCUGGAGGAGUACAACCCGGACAGCCUGAUCCUGCACGAGGAAUUCAACAGGAGCAGCCUGCAGAACGACAUUGCCCUGAUCCUGCUCAGCAACCCCAUCGAGUUCAGCAAGGAGAAAAUUCCCAUCUGCCUGCCCUUCCUGUGUGACAAGGACAUGUGGCAGCACUGCUGGGCUGCUGGCUGGGAGAACACAAGCGCAGGUCAGGUGCUGGGGGAGAUGCAUUUGCUGGUGGAAGAUGGGUUUUAUCCAUUUAAAGUGGAUUGCCUCUCCCAUGAGGGGUUUUCCAGACAAACAUCCCAUGUGCUGCAGAAAACACAGAUGAAGCUGAUCAGCAGGGAGAAAUGCCUGCAGCAGAUCCCACACCUCGUGGAGACCAUGAUGUGUGCUGAGACAGAGCAAGGAGGAGGAGGAGGAGGAGGAGGAGGAGGAGGAGGAGGAGGCUGCCAGGUGGACAGCGGGGGACCUCUGGUUUGCAGCUACUGGGACACCAUGAAGUGGUUCCAGGUCGGCAUCAUCAGUGGAGGAAAGCCAAACAACAGGAUUUUAACACCUGUUUACAGCUACCAGGACUGGAUUGAGAAGGAAACAGCCAUAAGGGGAAAACCUUUCUUCACUGAGGGUGUGGACAGCGGAGCACAUCUCAGGGUUGCUCGUUCCAGGGCUGGAACACGGGUGUUUCUGCAGUAUUGUCUCCUUUUAUUUAUCUUUUUAAUAGCAAUUCUCUCUACACUGAGGGAAGAUUUUUGA